AGCAGCCGUACCCCACGAGGAGCAUCUUGCGUCAUUAUGGGGGUGGUGAAAUACCACACUGUGGAAAGGUUCGCCUCGCCGUGCAGUUAGACAAGCGACACGUUCUGCUGGAGUUCUUCAUAGUAAAGAAGAAGCAAGCAAUUUUGGGCCUCGAGGCUAGUGAGCAACUUGGUCUGGUCAACAGAGUCAACGCGGUGGACAACAGCGACGGAUACGCAAGCCUAAAGCAGACAUAUCCAAGACUAUUCACCGGCAUUGGAAGGACGCGGCGCGAGUACAAAAUGGUGCUUCGAGAGGACGCUGUCCCCGUAGUACAGCCAACCCGGCGCGUGCCUUACGCACUCAGAAAGCCACUCAAGAAAGAGCUCGACCGGAUGUGUGCCGCGAACAUCAUUGAGAAAGUGGAAGAGCCGUCGGACUGGUAUGUUCCAGGCAGCAAAUUAGUUGUUGCUGACACCUUGUCAAGAAUCCCCGCACAGGAACACCCAGGCAAGGGCACAACAGAUGUUGAAGUUCAUGCUGUUGGCGUCCUUACUUCAAGUGUGGGUCCAGCCACCCUCUCCCGUCUGCAGGCAGCAACGGCCAGUGAUGAAACGCUGCAAGAUGUCAUUUUGAGAUUGCAGUCGUCAAUCCCACAUACAAUUUCAAGUCCGCAUUUUCCCAGAUCCAACGGACUCGCCGAAAAGGGCGUCCAAGUGAUCAAGCGCAUUCUGGACAAGACGGAGAGGAGUAAAGAGGAUUUCUAUUUGGGCCUUCUGAACUACAGGGUGUGUCCUCUUGAGGGUGGCCGGUCGCCAUCAGAGCUGCUGAUGGGACGAAGUCUCAGAACGCUGCUUCCAGAUUUCUCAGUGUCACCCCCAAGGCCCGUGCGAAAACAUGUGCAAGCAAAGACCCCAAGAAGGUCACUUGCUCUAUUACAGAAGGGAGACGUCGUCCGCGUUCUCAAUGAUGGUAGAUGGGAAAUAAAAGCACAAGUCCAAGAUCUCGUGGCGCCAAGGUCGUACACCGUUCUGACAGAAGAUGGCCAGGUUUUCCGUCGAAAUAGACAACACCUCCGCAAAACGCCAGAAGCGUUCUGUCGAUUCUCCCAUUACAACGCCGACGACAGCGACGACACCUCCGAUUCAUCUACAAGUGGAGCCAUACCGCAGGGGCCAGAACCUCCGCAGGGUACGCAGGACCGACCGCCAGCCGGCACCUCAGGCUUACCGAACACUGACGACUUCUGCCGACGAUCCACUAGACAACAAAGACUACCAUCUCGCCUGACCUACACUCACGGAUUCCAGCAGAGUGAAACAGCCUAG